UGCGAACUCUUGCGCAACAGGCCGCGCCACCACGCCACCCAUGCACGCGGAUUGACAACAAGAUGCUCGGUCGAAGAAACUUUACAUUACUAUGUUUAACAAUAUGUAUAGUCCAUGUGAAAUGUGCUGACAAAUACACAGACGAAAACAGACCAUAUGAAUUCGGAUUUACGAUUGAUGGGGAGCAACAUCGACACGAAAAGAAAGAUGAAAAUGGUAUCAUCAUGGGCGAGUUUGGUUUUAUCACCGCCGACGGCGUGUAUCACGUGACAGUCUACGCCACUGACGAGAACGGAAACUUUAAAAUUUUAUCAAUGAAAAAUAUUCGUGUAAAGCCAUAUCCAACAGCUAAAGCUGGGCCGGAAAGAGGGCGAUCACUUGAAUACUCGUCAUCCCCUCAAGUACUUCCAAAAUCUUCAGUGCCUGAGCAAAUUAAAAAGGAAUUCAAAGAGAUACCCAAACCCGGUCCUGCUUCGCCGGCUAAAUCUUGUUCACAUUGCAAACUUCCUACCACUACCACUACCACUACAACUACACAAGCUCCCUACAUUCCUAGCAACGAACUACCGCAACCAGCAAUUUCACAAAUACCUGAGAUACCCCCUAAGUAUAACAAAUAUGAAGAGAAUCAAUCAUACGAAGAUGUCAGAGCUCAAGACUAUCUACAACAUGGACAACAACAAGAUCAGCAGCAACAUCAACAAGGACAGCAGCAAGUACAACAACAAGUGCAACAAGGACAACAGCAAACGUUAUUACAACAAGGACAGCAACAAGUAAGGCAGCAGCCACAGGGCCCACAACCAGUGCAGCAAGCAAAACAAGGAGCGCAGCAACAAAAACAAAACAAGAAUCUGCAACAACAGGGACUAGCAGAACAAAAUCUGGAUCAAUUUAAUAAUGAACAAAAUCAUUUGGCCCAAGAAAUUGGACCAGGACAGAAUAACGCACAAAAUAAUGAAGGGGACUAUCUACGACAGAGUUAUACGCAAGAAGGUUUGCAAAUUAAUGAUUAUCAAAUACAGCAGCAGCAGCAACGACAACAGCAGCAGCAGCAGCAACAACAACAACAACAACAGCAGCAGCAGCAGCAACAACAACAACAACAACAACAGCAGCAGCAGCAACAACAAAAGUACUCAAAUAAUUUCGCUCCUGAACAAAGUAGUACUUUAAAUCAAAUCGGAUCACCACUGAACAAUCCCCAAUCAAGCCAAAGUGCAAAUGAUAACUAUUCGCAGCCAAGUUACUCUCAAAAUGGUUUAGGAAAUACUCAAACAAGUUUUAGCCAAGGCCAAAUAAAUCCUAAAGGAAAGGAUGUAUCCAAUAAUCCUGAGAGUAAUAUUGAACAAACUCAACCUCAGUCUGUAAACAGUGAAAAUCAAGGUCAGACGUUACAACCAGAAACUAAUCGUAACCCGAAAUCUUACGAUGAUCAAUCGAAUCAAAGAUUUAAUACAUUAAGCCCACCCUCUAACGCAUUUACAUCUCAUGAGAAUUCUCCUACUAAGAAGCCUCAACUUGUAUCAGCUCAAAUGCAAAUAGUUGACAAGAACACUGACAUUCAUUACAAACGUCCUGGAGAAAAGGAAGGUCUUCCCGACGGUCUGACUAAAGAUGAUAUGUCUCAACUUUUGUACACGUUCAAUUAUACAGUAGGCUUCCACGGGCACUUUGAAGAAGGUUACAAAAAUGGUGCCAAAGUAGGGUACUAUUUUGUCACAGGAAGGAAUGGCGUUCGAACAAGGGUUGAUUACGUUGCCGAUGAAAAGGGAUUCCGGCCUAAAAUAACACAAGAAGUUCUAGAUUUACUAUCAGAUGAUGUACCUAAGCCAGAUACAGAAAAAGAUCCAAAAUAUGGACUUAAGGGGUAUGAAUUUAAAUGGCUUUAUUACCCGGUAGAUACAAAAUAAUUUUAAUUUAUGGUCAUCUUAAUAUUAAAAGAUGCAAGUAAUAUAUUUAAUGUAAUGUAUAAACAUAUAAUAAUGCGACGGAAAACUUACUGAAUGAGACUGAAUAU